AGACCUAGAUCCGUAUCACGUUUCUUCGUUUCCUUUUCUUCUGUGCCGUCUUCUCUUUCUCUGGUUUCCUCGUUACUUCUUCGACGUUGUCAUCCAGUACUGGCAACUUUUUUGUCGUCGUCGUCGUUUUAGCGUUUUCUUCUUCUUCAGUUUCGUCUGUGGCUUUGGAACUAUGAAGAAGGGAAUCCACCCUCAGUUGCAGUGGAUAUCAUAUGUGACUCAAAGCGGGCGGCUGCUCAAUGUGACGAUGACCAAGAUUCAUCAAGUGGGUAAAGUGUAUCACUUCCGGGCUAAGCGGCAAAUGGCACAAAGCAUAGGGCAGAUUGCCAAGUUUAAGCGCCGCUACGGAGAGAAGAAAGAAGAGGAACCUGAAAACAAAUGAAUUAGAUGCCAAAUGCAGACCACUUGGUUUCAUGCUUACUGAAUAAUCCUUAUCAUUUGAUGUGGGUUGGUCUUGUUACUGUGCAGUUUCGAAUACUGAGUAAUGCUUGUUGCUUUCCUAAUUAGUAUAAACAUCUGUUAAAAGAUUGGAUUUGACCAAACAUUUUCUUUGGUUGUUUUCUGCUGUUCGCAUAACAUCAUCUUCGAUUCUGUUU